AUGGAAUCCCUCCAUAAACUGAUUAAGAUUCGUGGAGCAAACCGAUCCGUGGCAACGAAAUUAGAACGAGAAGCACUUGAGCUGCUCAGCGAACCUGGAGAGCCCCGAGACGAUGAACGGAUUUGUCGAUUAGAAACGAUUUUGGAAUUAUUGGACUCGAAAUUGAAGGAAUUGAAGUUAUUUGACGGACAAAUUAUCGAUGUAUUGGAAGAAGAAGAAAAGAUUGAUAGCGAAGUAACGGAAGCAAACGAAUAUGAAUUUCGCAUCUCUAAUGCCAUACGAAAGAUCAAGCGAAAACUGCAUCCACCCAACCCAUUUUCCCCGGCAACUAGUACAAGAAUUAGAAGACAAUUACCAACAACACCACCGAGCGUGAGAAGGCUUUCUUUACUUACAACUACACCAAUAACACCAGCCAAUCCUUCCAGUGAUGAACACGACGGAAAUGGAAAUAAUUCCCUUCAAAGUGGAAGUUCGUCUUCGUCGCAUGGAAAUUCAAAUUCGAAACUGCCAAAGUUGCAAUUACCGAGAUUCAGUGGCGAUAUUGUGAAUUUUUUCAGUUUCUGGGAGAGUUUUAAUGCAGCUGUUCACGAGAAUACGAACAUCCCAACGAUAACGAAAUUUAGUUACCUGAAAUCAUACUUGGAUGGACAAGCGGCGAGAGCUAUAGAAGGACUGCCUAUGACCGAAGCAAACUAUGAAAAUGCCCUGCUGAUACUUCAGGAUAGGUUCGGAAAAAAACAGAAGAUCAUUUCGAAACAUAUGGACGAACUUUUGAAGUUACCAGUUUGUCAAAACGAUAAACCAGCGCAACUAAGAUAUGUGUACGAUACAAUUAACGUACAUGUACGCGGAUUACAGUCAUUAGGAAUCAGUUCGGAUCAGUACGGAAGCCUGUUGAUUCCCGUUAUAAUGUCGAGGGUUCCGAAGGAUAUUUCCCUGCAAAUUGCGAGGCAUACUUCGAAAGAAAUCUGGUCGAUUUCAGAGCUUCUUAUGAUUAUUAAGCAUGAAGUGGAAGCUCGAGAAAUGCGUGACUACAUUCACAUCGCCGACAAUAAGGCACCGAUAACAACGACAAAAAUCCGAGCAACUGGGAACAUGGCGGAAAGAGCAUUUGUUGCGAGUUGGGCGAUGUUUUUCUUGUUUGAGGACAGGCCAUGUCGUAAAACAUGCCCAAGUGCAAAAUUUUGCAGUUUUUGCAGAGGAAAACAUCACUCAAGCAUCUGUGAAAGGAAGAGUAAUAAUAGCGGAGCAGAGUCAAUGCCACCUAAUGUUACUGCGAUAUCAAAAGAAAAGAAAUCGACGCAUGUUUUAUUGCAAACUGCAAAGGCAACAGCAGUAAACCCGAGCACCGGAGAAAAAUGCUCCAUUCGCAUUUUGUUCGACAAUGGCAGUCAGAGAAGCUAUGUGACCGAAGAUGUGGUGAAGAAAUUACAACUGAAAACGGAGAUGAAAGAAACCUUGAACUUGAACACUUUCGGUAGCGCUGAGUAUAAAAGUAAGAACUGCAAAUUGGUAAGUUUCCAGAUUGAAUUAAAUGACGGACAGUUAGCUGUUGUUAAUGCACUUUCGUACCCAGAAUUAUGUUCUCCGCUCCCCACCCUUGUAGAAGUAAAUUCUUUCCCUCAUCUACAGGGUUUAGAAUUGGCAGAUGAGGUUGACAUAGGAAGUAAUGAUCAUAUCAAUGUUUUGAUAGGAGCUGACCAAUAUCAUAGUAUCGUAGUGGGGGAUGUAAUUAGAGGAGAAAACGGUCCCGUAGCUGUUAAGAGUAAACUAGGUUGGGUGUUGUCGGGAAAAUUAGAGUCGUCGAAAAUCUCUCAGGAUAAUUUUACGUCUGCAAAUUUAUGUAUUGAGAACCCAAGGCUUACCGAAUCGGAUAAGGAUAAAGAAUUAGUUGAUACACUGAAAGCCUUUUGGGAAGUAGAAAAUACCGGGUUAGAUUGUAACAAGUUAGUUGAUAGUAACGAAACGGAUAAAUUUUGUGACAUAAGGGUACAAGGAGAUCGUUACGAAGUAGGAUUACCAUGGAAACCGACGGAGCCAAAAAAUAUGGUAAAUAAUUUUGAGCAGUGCAAGACUCGGUUGAACUCGUUACAUUCUCGUUUGAUUAAGGAUCCCGAACUGAUGCGAGAGUACGAUGGUAUAUUUAAGGAGCAACUCGCUCAAG